CGUUAUCUUAUCGCCCUGGCAGCAAAAAAAGUUCCCAUUUGACUUGGGAAGGUGGGAGCGACUUGAUUUCUCGACGGACAUCGUAAUAUAACAGAACGUAUCGCCCAUACGUUCCUUGAUCUAACUGCCAGUCAAAAUGGGUGUCGGACGCCGUAUGAAGAAACAGGGAGCACCUGAGCCCCUGUCCGAGGAGCAUUUCGCCAGACUUAAGCGCAAAGCGGGUCUUCCAGUCGACGACACACCUAGGGAUGCGCCCAGCAAGAAAAAGAGACGAACGUCGCAGGACGCUGGCCCAAAGAGCAAUGUAGCUGCAGCGCAGAAACCCAAAAAUUCUAAUGGCAAGGGCAAAGGGGCAAAUUCCACGCCGCUUGCAAAGCCGAACGGCAAAGCCUUGAAGUCGAAGGGCAAAGUCACAGCCCAAGAGCCGGAACUCGAUGAGGAUGUUAGCGAUGGGCUUGGAGAUUUUGAUCUCGAGGACGACGAAUUCCCCGAUCUAGAAAUGGACGGUGCCCAAGGCCUUGAAGAUGAUUUCCUAAACUCCGACAACUCGGUGUACGACUCGGACGACGGAGGCGACAAGAGGGCCAUGUUCUCGGAAGAUGAAGACGACUCGGAUGCCGAAGACAAACUCACAGCGGCCAACAUCGCAGGUUUAUCGAGGAAACUCGAUAUGAAAAAAGCCGAGGAAGAUGCAGAAGCUCAAGCAGAACUCGAGGAGGCGGCGUUGCAGACCAACAUCGACGGCGACAAGCCCAAUGUCUUCGACAAUGAGGAGGAGGAUGGUCUAGCUGCCAAGACCAAAGCCCUGCUGGCUCCCGAUUUGCAAUUGCUGCGGAACAGAAUCACGGACACGAUACGUGUACUAGGCGACUUCGCAAAGCUGGCUGAGACGGGCAAAUCGAGGGCCGAGUACAUCUCAAAGCUACUCAAGGACAUCUGUGCAUAUUAUGGCUACAACGAAUACCUGUGUGACAAACUGUUCCAUUUGUUUUCACCAGACGAAGCCUUUGCUUUCUUCGAAGCCAACGAAACGGCAAGACCUGUCGUCAUCCGAACGAACACACUUAGGACACAUCGUCGAGAGCUGGCCCAAGCCCUCAUCAACCGCGGUGUCGUUUUGGAACCCGUGGGUAAAUGGUCCAAGGUUGGACUGCAGAUCUUUGAAAGUAACGUGCCUCUCGGAGCUACUCCAGAGUACCUCGCCGGACAUUACAUUCUUCAAGCAGCCUCCUCCUUCCUACCCGUUAUGGCUCUCGCUCCCCAAGAAAACGAACGGGUUCUUGACAUGGCUGCGGCUCCCGGCGGCAAGACCACGCAUAUUUCCGCUUUGAUGAAGAAUACUGGCGUGGUGUUCGCCAACGAUCCAAGUAAAGCCCGUUCAAAGGGUCUCAUAGGAAAUAUACAUCGUCUUGGCGCUCGCAAUGUUGUAGUCUGCAACUACGAUGCGAGAGAAUUUCCUCGCGUGCUUGGUGGAUUUGACCGAGUACUUCUUGAUGCGCCUUGCUCGGGGACAGGUGUCAUCGCAAAAGACCCAAGUGUGAAGACCAACAAGAGUGAAAAGGACUUCAUGACUUUACCUCACACGCAGAAACAACUUCUCCUUGCCGCAAUAGACUCGGUUAAUCACGCUUCGAAGACCGGUGGCUAUAUCGUAUACUCGACAUGCUCAGUCACGGUGGAGGAAAAUGAGCAGGUCGUGCAUUACGCACUCACCCGACGGCCUAAUGUGAAGCUCGUUUCUACUGGCUUGACUUUUGGGAAGGAGGGUUUCACUCAAUUCCGCGGCAAGCAGUUCGACCAGUCCCUUAGCCUGACACGCCGUUUUUACCCCCACACCACGAACAUGGACGGCUUCUUUGUUGCCAAGUUCCAAAAGGUCGGUCCGUCCCCCACUGGAGUGGCGGCCAAGGACAAGACUACAUCUGAAAAUGUGGAACGCGAGGAGGUUAUUGACAAGACACCUAUCGCCGCUGAUGAAAAUAUGGGUGGCGUGGAGCAGAAUGACUUCGGGGGCUUUGAUGAAGGCGAGGAUCAGGAGUACAUCAACAAGGCGAAGAGGAACGCAAUGAGGAGGCGAGGAUUGGACCCUCAUGCAUUGGAUAAGACAAAGGCCACCAAGGUCGAAGCGGCGGAUAAGAAGCCUGAUGAAGUGCAGAGUGACGAGCCAGCAAAAUCCAAGAAGGUGGCCAAGAAGGAGAAGAAGGUCGAAGUUGUGGAGAGCAAGCCUGCUGAGGUACAGAAGGAUGCUCCAGCAAAGUCUCCCAAGGGGGGCAAGAAGGAGAAGAAGGUCGAAAAUGUGGAGAGCAAAGGCAGUGUUAUCAAGAAGGCUGAACCAGUAAAUCUUGCGAAACGUGGCAAGGAGAAGAAGGGCACCAGGGUGUAGCGACUACACUGCACGGUAAGAUCUGUGACAUUCGCAUGUUCGUUCCAGAGCACUAGCGCUAGAAGUUAUUUUACAUAAUAGUGUUUAUCAUCGCAG